CUGUUUGAUAAGUAAACGCCAGUUCGUGUGCAAACGAGAGUGAACAUGAUCGAUAAAGUUGCUGUUGUUACCGGUUCCAAUAAAGGUAUUGGUUAUAUAAUUGUCAGAGAUUUGUGUCGACGUGGAGUUGGAAUUGUUUAUUUAACUGCAAGAGAUGAAAAAAGAGGAUUAGACGCUGUUGAAACUUUGAAAAAAGAAGGACUAAAUCCAAUAUUUCAUCAACUCGAUGUAACAGAUAAAGAAAGUGUAAAACGAUUUGCAGAACAUUUAAAAGAAAAACAUGGUGGCAUCGAUAUACUUAUUAAUAAUGCUGCCAUAAUUACUGCUGAUUUUGAGAAGACGACAUACGAAGACUCGUUAAAUGUACUUAAUGCGAAUUAUUUCAGUGUACUAACAAUACAAGAAUAUAUUUUUCCAAUACUAAAAGAUAACGCUAGAGUGUUGAAUAUUUCAAGUGAUGCUGGACAUAUAUCUAAUUUAGAAAAUCCAUAUUGGAUUAUACGUUUAACAAGUGAUGAUUUGAAAUUAGAAGAUGUUAAUGAUUUUGUCAAUUGGUUUUUGGAUUCCGUUAAAAAUGGAACACUGAAAGAAGACGAUUUUGUAGAAACUGGUAUACUUGCGUAUAGGAUAUCAAAAAUAGCACUCAGCGCUUUAACAAGAGUGCAACAGAAACAAAUCGGUCGUGGAAUUUCUAUUAAUUCUUUGCAUCCUGGUUUUAUUAAGACGAAUAUGACAAAGAAUAGUGGUCUCUUGGAUUUAGAUGAUGCAGGAAUCGCUCCCGUAUAUUUUGUUUUAGACGCCGAUCAGUCAUUAAAAGGAAAGUAUCUAUGGUUUGAUAAAACUGAAAAGGAAUGGACUGAUCAUGGAUUGAAAAUUCAUUCAAGAAUGGGAAUUUUUAUGGAACAUGUAAAAAUGAAUAACAAAGAUUAUUAAAAAGUAUAAAAUAAAGGUAAAAUGCAAAAAUUUGGUAUAUAAUUUAUAAA